AUUCGCUUUCACAGAAGCAUGGGCGACCAGCACAUCUGAUCUAGAGUCGGCAAUGUAUUCGCACACCAGGCAAAGGCACAAGCAGUCACAGAAACACAAGCGCACCACACGACAUGAAUGACAGCAGCAGUCCGACACAAACCGAACAGCCUAUUAAACGCAAUCCAAGACCCGCCUAUUAAAGGGAAGGCAGGGGCCGGACCGGACCGCUCCCCUCCCCUCCCCUUACACCCAACGACUCACCCACCAGACAAAGCAGAGAGGGAACGAGGCAUAUAUCUCUAUUGUCUACAGGCUUGAACACGAGUUGCAGGAAAUGAGAGAGUACGCUCGCGGAGGGGACAUGAUUGCGCGGCCGUCAGAGUGGCUCUCGAGGUCGAGAUCGAGGUCGGCGGGUGGGGGAGAGUUCUUGGUGCAGCUGGGCAUCCGUCGCUUUGGCGGCUUGUCGUCUGGCUGCUGGUGGUGGGCAGUGUCCACAUCAGACGCUCGAAACGGGGGCUGACACAACACAAGCAUCAGUCAAGGAGGGAUGUGUGGUGUCUGUAGCUUCCCACCCCAUCAGGUGCAUACCACAUAAAAUGCGCGUGUCGGUCUCGGCGUGAUGGCCUGAGAGUCGUAUGGCUCGAACUCGUGACGAUGCUGCGUGACGUACUCAAGUACUCCCAAUCGCUCCAGCAUCUGCCGCUGCAACUCGCCCGACGCUUCGAGGGCGUAAAGGAGGCGAUGGCGUGUCUCGGCCUGGUCGAGAUCGAGCUCGGGCUGGAGCUGAACUGGGUCAUCAGCCUCAUACGGCGCGCCGUCAUGCACAUCCACAAGCCGCCGCACCAGGCUCUCAGGAAUGUCGUUGGGGAGCGAGAGGAUGCCGGUCUCCGGUAUGUCGGGAACGAAUCGAAGGAACAAGUCCCGCCGCCUCUUGAGCAGCGUGCCCAUGCACACCUUGUGCGGCCGAGACGACGGCCUCCGCUCCGGCCGGAGACCGGGCCAGCCCUUUUCGAGCAUGCUGCGCAGAGUGUCCUCAGAUGGUUUCUUCGCCGACAGGUGUGACAUCAGGUCGUUGAGCAUUCACAUCUCCAUCAGCUCUUGCUUGCCGCCCUUGAUGACGACGAGUGUUGUCGACCGAUCAGGCUCGUCUUCGUCGUCAGACAGGUCAGCUACAAGUCGAGCGAGGGAGGGAGGGGCGGCGGGCUGGAUGUGACUUGCUGCGGGACGGUGGUCAGGAGCAUCACCACGGCGAGUUGAAGCGAUUGCUCGUCGCUUGAGCCGACCGAUCUGGUCAGCCAUGACCGCUGCAGCUGGUGGUGGUGGUGGUGAUGGGUGCGAGAGGGACGGCGGGGGGUGUGAUGCAGCAGCGGGUGGGUGUGAGAGGGGGAGGGCAGCGCGGCGUCCGGUGGCGACGGGUACGACGGCAACAAACAAUGAGCUAAAUACUGCAGGUAAGGGACAGACAGACAGACAGAGCAAUGGAUGGAUGGAUGGAUGUGUGUCAUGUUGGGAUCUCUCGCUCCCUCUCCCUCCCGCCCUCUCCCUCCCUCCUCUCUCGCUCUGGAUCUGUGCUCACCUCAGGUUCAUGUACGGCAGGUGCGAUGUGUCGGGAAAUCACGACGCCAAAGCGGCAGACAACAUGCCGCAGGUAGAAUACAAUGAGUCAAUCAGCCUGCAGGACAAGCAGAGGGACAAGCAGGCAGUCAGUGAGGUGUCUGUGGGUCUCAGGAGGCCAUGCAGAUACGUAUGUUUGUGUGUACAUGAUAAGAAUGGAUCUAUUCAGUGAGGGGAUGAAAGUGGGUGCCUCACUUCACCAGAGAUGAUUGGCCGAUGGGUCAGGCGUCGUCCAAGGGUGUCGCGGAGCAUCGCAACGACGUGCUCACUCAAGAUCAGGACCGACUUCUGUACAAGGGGGGAAAGGAGCGGUCCGUUCGCAGGAGUGAGUGGGUAUUUCGGGAAUCUGUGAAGCAGGGAUUGCUCAGAGCGUCCCUCUGCAUCGAUUUUGCUUCACAGAAUUGCU